AUGGACAAAGGGGACCAUAAAAUGAAGAGCUCAUCAAAGCACUACAACAGUAACGACACCAGCUCAAAUCCUACCUCCGGGCUAAAGGUCGGCCCUAAUUUCUUAGUCGGCAAAAAAAUAGGCUGCGGAAACUUCGGAGAGAUCCGUCUAGGCAGGAAUCUAUACAAUCACGAUCACGUAGCCAUCAAAUUAGAAGCGUUCAAAACCAAAGCACCUCAACUCCACCUCGAGUACCAAUACUACAAGCUCCUCGGCUGCAACAAAGGCAUCCCCGAAGUCUAUUACUUCGGGCCGUGCAGCAAAUUCAACGCCCUCGUGAUGGAGCUGCUCGGUCCGAGCCUCGAGGACCUCUUCGACGUCUGCGACAGGAAAUUCAGCCUGAAAACGGUCCUGAUGAUAGCCAUCCAGCUCCUGCACAGGAUCGAGUACGUGCACAGCAGGCACCUGAUAUACAGGGACAUCAAACCCGAGAACUUCCUCAUCGGCCGGUCGGGCGGCAAACGCGAGAAAACCAUCCACAUGAUCGACUUCGGCUUGGCCAAGGAGUACAUCGAACCGGAGACCAACAAACACAUUCCUUACAGGGAACACAAAUCGUUGACGGGCACCGCCCGCUACAUGUCGAUCAACACCCACUUGGGCAGGGAGCAGUCGCGACGCGACGACCUCGAAGCCCUGGGCCACAUGUUCAUGUACUUCUUAAGGGGCUCGCUGCCGUGGCAAGGCCUCAAAGCCGAAACCCUGAAGGAGCGCUACCAGAAAAUCGGCGACACCAAGCGAGAAACGUCCAUCGAGAGCCUGUGCAAGGGCUAUCCGGAGGAAAUGGCCUCGUACUUGAGCUACGUACGGCGGUUGGACUUCUUCGAAACGCCCGACUACGAGCACCUGCGGCUGCUCUUCACCGAUUUGUUCAAGUCCAAGGGGUACGUGGAUGAUGGGGUGUUCGACUGGUCCGAUAAAACUGUGAAUUUGCACGCCGGAUCCCUGCCGACGGCCACGCAGGAAUUCGCCAUUUCGCCGGUGCGGGACAAGCGCUCGGCCACGCCGAAGCCGGAGAAUUCGAGGCACAGCACGGGCGGUAAUUUGGCCGAACGGCCGGGCUCCGCGAUGGUGGUGAAUUCGACCAACGGGGACCUGAAUGCGGAUAACUCGAUGGGCCACAGUAACACGCCCAUCACCCAGCCCAAGGAGGUGGAGGUCGUGGAGGAGACGAAAUGCUGCGGGUUCUUCAAGAGGAAAAAGAAGAAGAAGGGGAUCGCUAUGUAA